AUUUUUUUUCAAUUCACUUAGUUAACAAGACAAAGAAUUUUUUUUUUUACAUGACAGAUUUGACCACUUAUAAAGUGACUUUCAACACGACAAACAAGUAUUUAAAGUACUUUUGUAAUAAAGCUGCCUCAGACUGGACAUUUAAAAAAUAUAAAAAUUAUUUCAGUGACAAAGAUCAUGAAAAAAUUAGGAAAGUUUUUGUGAAAAACUUACAAACUGUUAAAGAUGAUUCGAAGAACAUUCCUCCUAUCGUCAAUCAACACAUCAAUCGAUUAAUGGAGCCAUUCAAUUCUACUUCAAAUGCACCUACUGCAUCUACUGACUCUGCUUUAAGUAUACCUAGUUCUUCUACUAUUAACAAUAUUACGGUGAAAGGCAACUAUUACGAUUAAGAAGAAUUUUAUUUAAAAAAUUAAAAAUGACCAAUGAGCACAUAGCAUCUAUAUAUGCUGUUUUGCCCUGGUCAGAUCGCUAUGGAAAAAAAAG